AUGGGAACCCUUCCCCGCCCUCCUGCACCCCCUGGCCCCAUCUCCUUGCCCCCAACCUCAUCUCUCCACAUUCCCCCCGCCCCGCAGGACGCAGACAAGGGCUGCUGCGGCUCCUGCUGCCUGCCCUGCGCCGUUUGCUGCCCCAAAUGCUCCCGCUGCUGCCGCCCCGGCUGCUCGUGCCUCAAGGGCUGCCUGUGCUUCGUGCCCCGCCUGCUCUGCUCCCUGCCCCGCAAGCUGCUCGGCUGCCACCACCUCAAGUGCCUCCUGAUCGUGGUGGUGGUGGUGGUCCUGCUGGUCGUCGUCAUCGCCGGCGCCCUGCUGAUGUGGCUGCACGUGGAGCGGGGCCACGCCGACGCCGUCCUGCGGACGGGCACGGGACGGGCGUGGGAAGAGGACGCGGCCACUUUCUACGUGGACGGCGGAGCUGGAAAUGUGGCCACGGUGGUCUACGACUACAAGAACCUGCUGGUGAGCUACAGGUCGCGGCUGCACCACGCCUGCUACGUCACCCGCAUGGACAAGGACAACAUCCCGGGGCUGGAUGCGGCCACCGAGGCUUUCCAGCGCCGGCAGGCUGAGCAGAGGCUGGCCAUGCCCCUGGACGACCGCUCCCUGCUGGGCACCACGGCGAGCAUCCUGUGCAGCAUCGUCCCCAUCUACUGGAUUUAGGGCAGGCUGGGUGAGCGCUGGGGGUGGGGUGGGGGGGUUUAGGGGCCCCCCAUCCUCGCAGCGGCACCCUCACGGUGUCAGGUUUGCCUUGCAGCAGCCCCGACGGUCACGGCCUCACCUCCAGCCCUCCUCCUGCACGUCGGCGGGACGGGAGCAUCGCCAGCAGCCUCCUCCUCCCACCCCCCCCCCCAACAGCCCCCAGCUCCCAGGGGGGUGCGAAAUUUGGGGAGGGGGCUGGCGGGGGGGCUGUGGGGGGUGUCUGCUGGGGUGAGCGCACUGCGCCGCCUGCGCCUCGCCGGGGGACAGCUGGUUGUCACUUUGUCUUCUCAGCUUCGCCGAGCCCAAGCGCAAAAAUGAGCUUAA